AUGGAAAGAAAGCCAAUAGGAGAGAAAUUAAGUAACUUAAGUGCUCUUAUCUAAAAAUAAUAACCCAACAAGGAGUAUUAAUAUAUAAAUAUCCUUAGUCAAUAAAAUGAGUAAGAUGAGAAAUACAAGUAAAUAUUUCCAAAUAUGAAUCAACCAGAAAACUAAGAUAACGGAGAGUAGGAUAAAUUGAAAUAAGUUUAAAAUAUCAUUUAAGAUUAAAAGUAAUUUUAAAAGUAAAAUUUGAUUAAAACUUAGUGAUAUAUCAAGACUGCUAGAUAGACUUGGAAAAUUAUAAGAAUCAACUUCAUAAUCAUAAUCAUAGACGCCAAGUGUUAAACAGUAAUAUCCUCCAAGCUAGUAUGAUCAGACACCAAAUUAAACACCUAACAAUCGAAUGGUUUAGAGUGUUUCUGCUUUACCAAAAUAAACUACACCGUAAUAACUUCCUCAGCCUGUUUAAUUGUUUCCAACAAAUAGUCCAAUUAGUGAUUAAACCUACAGAAAUUUGAAAGAAUAAAAUGUAGAUUUAUUAAGAAAUGUAGCUUAAUUAUAACCUUUAGUCUAAGUUGUAAAUGAAGUAAUCAUUACAUAAAUUAUUUAGCUUAAAGUAGCCUUACAAUAAACGAAUGAUAAAAUAAAAGAACAAUAAAAAUAAAUAGAGUAAUUGCUCAAAGAAAAUAUGCAAUUAAAAUAGCAAGUUAUUUUAAACGAACAAGAAAAAAUAAAUAAUAAGCGAUAAUUUGAUGAUAUCAUGGCUAAUAAUUAAUUAGCACAUUAAAGAGAUUUGUAAGCAAUAAAAUUUUAGGCUCAAGAAAACUUAAAUGGUUUAGAGUAAACAUGGAAAUAAUAAUAUGUUCUUUUGAAAACUGAAUCUGACGCUAUUAUUAAUAAUCUUAAUGCUAAACUAGCUAUCUAACAAAAAGAUAAUCAGAAAUAGCAAGAUUUAAUAACUAAUGUAGUAAAUCAAAAUAAGGAAAUCUAAAAAAGUUUAUGUAAUCUUUAUCCCAAUAUAUUUAGAGGAUAGAAUCAAUGAUUUAAAUAUAUAUCAUUAAGCACUUGAAGAAAAGAAAUUGGAAUACGAAAAACUCUAGAAUAAUUAUAAUACUUCCUUAGAGAAAUAUGAAAACAAUACAAAAUAACUGAUAAAUUAAUAUACUCAGAAACAAAGACAACAAGAACAACUAAUAAAUGAGUUAAAAUAACAUAAUACAAUUUUGAGUUAAUAGUUGGUCGAAUUGGAUUAAACUCACAAAUAGACAUUAUAAAGUUAAUAAAUUUAGGUUUAGCAUCAUAUAAAUGGGAAAUUAGAAGAAGUACAAAAAAUCAGCAUUGUAGAAAAGCAACAAUUAUAAUAAUUGUAUGAAGAUAAGAUAAAUAAAAUAAGCCAAGAUGUAUGAUAUCAUCUAUUUAAUUUUAGAAAGAAUCUCAAUUAAGUUCACAAAAAUAAUCGAUUUUAUUUUUGGAACAAAAGAUAGCUGUUUUAGUCUAGGAAAAUAAAACUUUAGUUGAGUAGAUGAAUAAAAUAAAAAAAAAGGCUGAUAAUUUAGAAUAAGCUAUGAUAAAUUAAGAGGCUGCAUAUUAAAAUCUAACCAAGGAUUCACAAUAUAAAACAUUAUCUCUUACUAAGUAAAUUUAAGAAUUAAAUUCUAUGAUUGGAAAUUCGAAUUAAAAUAAUUUUUAAAAUUUUACUCGAAAAUCAGACACAUAUGAUUCUACAGAGAGAAUUUAAUAGUUGGAAUAAUAAUUAUCUUAUAAAAAAGAAGAAAUGGAUUUACUUUUGCAUCAUUUAGAUUAAGUUUUUGAAAUAAACAGAGAUUUUGAAAAUAAAAUUAAAACAUUGCAAGCUUAACUUGAAUUAAUGGAAGAGAAAAACAAUCGAGAAUAAGAUCAAAGUAAUAAUUUAAUUAAACAAUAAAAAUAAUAACUUGAAGAAUUAAAAUCUUAAUUAGAAACAAGUUAGAAGCUGGACAGCAAAAAAGAAUCUUAAAUAAAGGAACUAUACUAAAAAUUAAAUGAAGAAGAAUAGUUAAGAAGAAAAUAAACUGAUUAAAUUAUGCUGAGUGAAAAAUAAUAAUUCCAGGAUGUAUUAAAUUUUAGUAAUUAUGAUAGUAAAUUAAAUAACUUAAAAUUAAAAAUGUGGAGUUGAUCAAUUAUAAUGAAAUAUUGGAACAAAAUUUGAAAGAGUUAUAGGAGAAAUACGAUUAAUCCUUAAAAGAAUAAAGCGAAUAGAAAUAAGUAACAGUGAUUAUUUUAUUAGUUAGCGUUUCGAAGAAUAAAAGUAAAUUAUUGAACAGUAAAUUUAAAUGUUGCAAAAAAAAAAUUAAGACAAUUAAAUUGUACAACCAAAUUCAUUAAGGCGAGACCAAAAACCUGUCGAUAUAGAAAAAUAAAUUAUUGAAAAAGAUUAACAAAUUAAGUUAUUAGAAUAAAAACUAAAAGAAAAUUAACUUAAAGCUAAAGAUUUUGAAUUAAAAUAAAAAACCGUAGAGGAGACAGGAAAUUAAAAUGUCUCAAUGUAAAAGUAUUAUGAAGAUAAAAUAAAGGAACUAGAAUUAAGAAUUGGGACAUAUGAUGAUUAAAUAAAAAUUAAUAACAAAUAGCUUUCAAUUUUCUAAUAAAAAAUAAAAAAUUUAGAAUAAUAAUUACUAGCAACCGAAGAUGACAUUUCAAGAUUGAAUGAGAUCAAUUAAAAUUUAGAGGAGAAACUUGUUGAUUAGAAGAACGAUAAAUUUAUCUCUUAGCCGAAUGGUUAAGGUGAGCUUUAAAAAUUAUAAGAAGCUAAUUUAAAUUUAUAGGAAUAAUUAAAUCAAUUAAAAAAGGAGAAAAUAUAAUAGACUUAAAAAUAUGAAAGUUAGAUCUAAUCACUUCAAGAUUAAAAAAAUAAUAAUUUAUCAACGAUUAAUUAGCUCAAAAAAGAGAAUUAGUAAAUAAGUGAUGAUUUGAAUAAUAAAAUUAUUGCCCUUUAAUAAUAAAUUGACUCCCUGCAGAAAUAAAAUAGUAGUUUAAAACAAGAAAAAAUAGAUUUAAAUAAAGAAUAUUUAAGUUUAAAUGAGUAAAACAAGUGUUUAGCAGAUUAAGUUACAAAAUUAAAAAAGGAAAAAGCUUAGAUGACUAUGAAAAUAAUGAAUUCAGGAAUGGCAAAUUUGAUUGGAAGUUAAGUAUCUUCAAAUUCAGAGAAAAAUUUAUGA